AUGGCGGCCAAUGCGGGAUCGAUGUUUCAAUAUUGGAAGCGCUUUGAUUUACAACAGCUCCAGAAAGAACUGGAUGCCACCGCCGCAGCGCUGGCCAACCGACAGGAUGAGAGCGAGCAGUCCAGGAAAAAGCUCAUCGACCAGAGCCGAGAGUUCAAGAAAAACACUCCAGAGGAUUUACGGAAGCAGAUAGCUCCACUGCUGAAGGGAUUUCAAGCAGAGAUCGACGCCCUGUGCAAGCGGAGUAAGGAGUCCGAGGCAGCUUUCCUCAACGUCUACAAGAGAUUAAUUGAUGUCCCAGACCCUGUGCCAGCCCUGGAGGUUGUGCAGCAGCUACAGCUGGAGACUCAGAGGAUGCUGGACGGCGAGACGGAGAACCAGAAACUUCUGGAAACGCUCAAGGAGCACGACGCGGAGAGCGCCGAGGUUCAAAACCACGAGCUCACCAUUAAAGCACUUCAGGAGAAGAUAGAGGAGUAUAAGAGGUCACUACAGAGUCGGGGCUCAGACCAGGAGGAUGCUCCACCCAACGACUUUGUGGAGAGAGAGAGGGAUCUUCAGGAGAAGCAUGACGCUCUGGCCGCCAGACUACAGGAGACCGAGCUCAAAACACAGACCUUAGAGACAGAACUCGAAGCAGCCCGAGCAGAGCUGAAAGAGCUGAAGGAGAAGUAUAGCGAGGAGGCGGCCACAAAGGCCGACAGGAUGGAGACGGUGGCGUCUGACCUAGAGGAAGCCAAUCAGAGAGCAGAGGCAGCAGAGAGAGAGAUGGAGAGCCUGAGGGAGCAGAUCGCCUCCACCAGCAAGAGCCCUCACCCCUCCCCACAGACACACAAGGCCCCAGACACGGCUGCGGAGGAGUUGUCGUGCGGCGGCGGCGGCGGUGGCCUGGAGGCGGAGGUGAGCGUGCGUGACGGCGAGGUGCGGCGUCUGGAGGAGGACGUGGGCCGGCUGCAGGCCAGCCUCACCCAGCUCAGCCAGAGCUCCAGCAGCCGCAUCAGCCAGCUGCAGCACGAGCUCUCCAGCAAGGACUCCACUCUCAAGCAAUUGGAGAAGAAGUUGCAGGAGCAGGCAGACUAUGAGGAGGUCAAGAAGGAACUGAGCGUCCUCAAGUCCAUGGAUCUGAGCACGACAGAGAGGUCCACAGCACAGGAUGGCUAUAAGCCCUUGGAGAUGCUUCUCCUGGAGAAGUGUGGAGGCGGGCAGUCGGACCACCACUCUCACCGGUCAGCCAACAGCGGCCUGAGCGGCUCUUCGCUGCGUGGCGAUAAAGACUCGUCGUCCGGGGACGCUCACCAGCGGCUCCCCGCCACACCCGUCCCGAGUCCCUCUCCCCUGCGCGGCUCCCCGCCCCCGUCAUCAUCGUCCUCCUCCCAGCUCCUGAUGCUGCAGCAGCGCUCCUUGUCAUCGGCGUCGGCGGCCGAGCAGGCCUCCUCGGCGGGCGUGAGCGCCAACGGCGCGCACCCCUUCUCGCCCGCCGACCUGCUGCCGCCGGGCAUGGCGGGCCUGGGCGCCGGGCCGCUGGCCCCGCUGGCCGGCAAGGUGGCGCUCAGCUCGCUGCUCCAGCGCCAGCUGAUGCACAGCUUCUACAGCAAGGCGCUGCAGGACUCGUCGCUGCUGUUCCCGGGACCGCACCACGGCGCCCACCACCACGCGGGCACGCACGCCCUCGCCGCCAGCCCGCUGCCCAGCCAGCCGGCCGCCGCCAGCCCGGACGCCGCCAACGGCUCGGCGCCGUCGCCCAGCCGCUCGGAGGGCGCCGGCAGCGCCUCGGAGGGCGAGGACAUGGACACCUCGGAGAUCGCGCGGCAGGUCAAGGAGCAGCUCAUCAAGCACAACAUCGGCCAGCGCGUCUUCGGCCACUACGUGCUGGGCCUGUCGCAGGGCUCGGUCAGCGAGAUCCUGGCGCGGCCCAAGCCCUGGAGCAAGCUGACCGUGCGCGGCAAGGAGCCCUUCUACAAGAUGCGGCAGUUCCUGUCCGACGAGCAGAACAUCCUGGCGCUGCGCAGCAUCCAGGGCCGCCAGAGAGAGAACCCAGGCCAGAACCUGAACAGGGUGUUUCAGGAGGUUCCGAAGCGAAGAACCGGCUCCGAAGGCUCCUCGAGGCCAGGGAACAUCACCACACGGAUCCGCACCCCGGAGGGCGGCUCGGACGAGGCCAUCCGCUCCAUCCUGGAGCAGGCCAAGAGGGAGCUGCAGGUGCAGAGAGCAGAUGGCGUGGGCGAGAGCGAGCCACCUCCCGCUUACCCCCGGGGCUUUGGAAGCUUCUCCCAAAAAUAUGCCCACAUUCUCAGCCUGGUAGAGUCGUCUCUGCCCGCCACCUCCUGCGGCCCGGCCGAAGCCAUGCGCUGCGUGAUGGAGAGCCAGGCGGCCUCCCUGAAGGCCUCGCUCCCCCAUUCGGAGCUCUCCCUGCUGGGGCCCAAGCUGCUCUCGUCCCCCCUGUCCUACUCGCCCAUGGCUCUCUCGCUGAAGAAGCCUCCUCCCUCCCCGGCGCCUCUGCCGGAACCCCCUGGCCUGCCGGUGGUGAAGAAGGAAGGAGAGGACACCCCCAUCUCGGACACGCCCCUGGGAGGAGCCUCCUCCUCCUUGUCCUCCUGGAGGGACUGGGGAAACAUCCAAUCAGAUCGCCGAUGGAGCGGGGCUCUGCUGAUGACGGACGACGCGUUCAACCAAGAUGAGAAGCCCCCUCGUCUGCCCGCUGUGGCACUGCCGCCCUCCUCUCUGGACCCCUGGAAGGACUGGGCAGGCGGUGGCGGUGGAGGAGGCGGUAGCGGCAGCGGCGGCGGUGGCGCCGACUCCCCGUACCCGCAGACGUCCCCCCAGAACAGCCCGCUGCCCUCGUCCUCCUCCUCGCCGCUGCUGGCGCUCAAUAAGCCGGCCAAGGCGCCCGUGCCGCCGCUCACCCCCGAGCAGUACGAGCUCUACCUGCACCAGGACGUGGACACCGUGGAGCUCACGCAGCAGGUCAAGGAGCGCCUGGCCAAGAACGGCAUCUGCCAGCGCAUGUUCGGCGAGAAGGUGCUUGGCCUGUCUCAGGGGAGUGUGAGUGACAUGCUGUCUCGGCCGAAGCCGUGGAGUAAGCUCACUCAGAAGGGCCGAGAGCCCUUCAUCCGCAUGCAGCUGUGGCUCAACACAGAGCUGGGCCAGGGCCUGCUGCAGCUACAGCCACCCACACACGAGAUGACCCCCAAGACGUCGGCCAGCUGCAGCCCGGCGCCCGAGUCCCCGGUGAGCUCGGCCGAGGAGUCGGUGAAGAGCCAGGACCCCGGCGCCGCGCCCCCUCCGGCCCCCGCCUCCUCCUCCACCACCGCCUCCGAGCAGGGCGAGGCGGCCGAGUCGCAGCCCGGCACCCCCCUCCCGCUGCCCCUGCCGCUGCUGCCCGGCCCGCCGGGCCUCACCAUCCAGGAGAUGGUGGCCAUGUCCCCCGAGCUGGACACCUACGCCAUCACCAAGAAGGUCAAGGAGGUGCUGACCGACAACAACCUCGGCCAGCGUCUGUUUGGUGAGAGCAUCCUGGGCCUGACCCAGGGGUCGGUGUCGGACCUGCUGGCGCGGCCCAAGCCCUGGCACAAGCUGAGCCUGAAGGGCCGCGAGCCCUUCGUCCGCAUGCAGCUGUGGCUCAGCGACCCCCGCAACGUGGAGAAGCUCAUGGACAUGAAGCGCAUGGAGAAGAAAGCCUACAUGAAGCGUCGCCACAGCUCAGUGAGUGAGGUGGUCCCGAGCGACGGCGGCGUGUCGUCCGGGGACUUCGGUCCGUCCUGCAGUCCCCAGCAGCAUCUGAAGAAGCCGCGCGUGGUGCUCGCCCCAGAGGAGAAGGAGGCCCUGAAGCGCGCCUACCAGCAGAAGCCCUACCCCUCGCCCAAGACCAUCGAGGAGCUGGCCAGUCAGCUCAACCUCAAGACCAGCACCGUCAUCAACUGGUUCCACAACUACAGGUCCCGUAUCCGCCGCGAGCUUUUCAUCGAGGAGAUCCAGGCAGCGGCGGGAGAAGGUGCGGCGCGCGCGGCCGAGGGCGAGAGCAGCUGCGACGGCACCGAGUCCGACAGCGGCGGCGGCGGAGGUGGCAGCGGCAGCGUGGGCGCGGAAGACCGGGGCAGGAGCCUCUCCAGCAGCCCCAAGCCCAACCACCAUCACCACCACCACCACCAUCACCACCACCACUCGCAAGCCCACCUCUCGGAGGACGCCCUCACCACCACGCCGGGGACCAGCGACAGCUCCAAGUCCGGCGGGAUGGAGAGUCUGUUCGGCGGGGCCAUCGCCACCACCGUGGCCGCCUCCGCCACCGCCACGGCCGACAAGAACCCAAAGGACAGCAGCGUGCGGCGGCGGAAAGCGGCCAACCUCAAUAACAUCAUCCACCGGCUGGAGAAGGCCGCCAACCGCGACGAGCUGGGUAACGAGUGGGAGUUCUGAAAGAAAACAGAGAGAGAUGAGAAGAGAGAAAGAGAAAGAGAGAAAGAGAGAUGAAAAGAGGGGUAAAAAAAGAGAGAAAAGGUUCUCGUUUAGUUUUCUAAUCUGCCUACGGUCAGACUUUUCUGGAGGGUUUGUUUCAGUUGGAGGCGAAGGAAGGAGACUAACUCGUUUCCCAGUCCUGCAGGAUCCAGGGCUUGGACCAAUGGAACUCUUUAACAUGCACAAGGCAUCACUCAUCCACAAGUCUCCACGCAUUCAACAACUAAAGAGAGUCGAGACAAAAAAAACCUUUUUGAUGUGUGGAAAUGGAAAAUCCAUGUAGUGUUUGCCUUUUUCUAGAGAAAUUCAGGAGACAUAUCUUCCCUUAUGCCUCCUGUCUGUGUGUGUGUGAUAGUUUGUCAAAGGGAGAUGUUCAAAAUAGUCUGACAAGAAAAAGCCAAACGUUUGAAAAUUCAAAAAGAAGAAAAAAAAAGUGGAGACUUCCUUUUUCCACAAAGCCUUCCCCCUCACUUCCCACCUCACGCCAUGUAAUGGCUAUGCAAGUUUCACGCCAAUUCUUUUACGGUUCAAAAUUUUUAUGAUUAGAACAUUUUCAUCAAAGAGAAAAAAAAAGAGAAUCUUUUAUAGCAGCGUUUGCCAGUAAGAGAUUGCAGUCUGUUGACUCUAAAAGACACUGCUUUGGAAUUCUAAAUAUAUAGGGUGGCAAGUGAUAUUUAGAAAUAAUAACAAACUUUUUGAAAGAUGUAGUUAAAAACUCACUUUAAAAUCUCACAUUUUUGAAAAAUUUCACCAGGAAAAUGCAAUAGUCAGGAAACCUGUUGUAGCUGGGUAGUGUUACUUCAUAUGGCAUGUAGAGGGCUCUGAGGUUAGAGUGUUGUUAUUUUCAUAGCUUUAAUGAACUCAGAGAACCAAGAGAGACUGUUUCAUACACUCCAUCUUAGGCCAAAAUCAGGAAAAAAAAGGUUAUUGAAAAAGAUUUGUACAGUUUGUGGAAGAAUUGUUCCUGUUUUAGAUAUUUUUAAAAGAGAGAAAGAGAGUGGAAAAAAAGCGUACGCUUCUUGACCUCACUGAGCGACCACACCUUAGACACCUCAACCAGGGCAGGCAGGCAGGCUACGGAUGCACCGCAUCACUUUCUCUCUCACACACUCACGCACACACACACACAGACACACACACGCUGUUCAUUCAGGAGCACCUAGCUUACCUGCUCUCUCAGCACUUAGCAAUACACAGUGUCUCUGUUUUGCCAAAGGUUUCGAGUACCGUGCAGAACUCCAGCAUGUGCAAAAGUAAUCAAUCGGUCCUGAACUGCUCAAGUAGUUUUCUUUCUUUUUUUUUUUUUGCACAGGCUAAGGCAUACCUAAGGUUUUGUACCUUUCCCUAGGCUAGUAAAAACAGGGCCUGUGACUCAAAAGGGAGAUAAAGGUGCAUUUCCUGUCAGGCAGCAGGAAGAACACCCGCCUCAGAGAACUCGGGUCCUUCCAGUCUGUCAGGCAGCAGGAAGGACACCCUCCUCAGAGAACUCGGGUCCUUCCGGUCUCUCCUGUAUGCAUUCUGUCAGUGUUGGCUCAGAGUGAGUGGACACCUUCUUUCCUGUUUUGUGUGAGAGAGACUUCUGUUUGAGAGCUAAAAGGACCCAGUGCUGUCCAUAAAAGACUUCUCCAUGUUUGUGUGUACACCAUUCUCCCCCAUGAGGAAGGACUGUGAUGCCUCUCAGCUGGCAGAGGAUGAAGCCAGUGGAUUGGUUGUGCACAAGAGUGAGAGAUAGAGAGCGAGCGAGCGAGAGAGAGAGAGAGAGAGAGAGAGAGAGAGUGAGUGUGGUCGGUGCCCUUUGUGGACCCGCUCGGGUGCUCAGGUGCCCGUGAUGCAUGAGGUCAGGAUAAGUUCAGAGGUCACUGGAGUCAAAGUUACAAGAGUCAGCAUGGCAACGGAACAGAAAAAAAAAACGAACCCUACCAAACAACCCCCACCACCAUUCCCCCCAAUCUCACAGAGUCUGCCUGCCCACUGCCUCUCCUAUGUGUGUGCGUGUGUGUGUGUGUGUGUGUGGGUGGGUGGGGGGACGUAUAUAUUUUCUAGGUCUGUGUGGUUUAUACUUGUAUAUAUGUGCACACAUAUCAAGUGUGUAACUGCCACCCUGUCUGUGUGAGCUCCUUUAGCAGCUACAUGACUUCGUACACAUUAGGUUACAUUGAUUUUCUCAUCGUAAGAGACUCACAGUAGUUAACCCCUUUGUUCUUUUGUUUAUUUUGGGUGUUUUAUUGAUUAUUUUUUUGUCUAUUUAUAGAUGCUGUAUUUUACAUAUUAAUGUCUUAUUCUGAUUUUAAUUCUGUUAUUUUUAUUUUAUGGAAGGGACUAUGUGAGGUCAGGUUACACUUUUAAAGACUGCAGGCAGUAUAUGGCUUAUACUUGUGAUCCAUGUCUGUUUUAUGAAUUCAAAUAAUAAUAAUUAUAUUGAUAGUGUCAUGUAUAUUAUAUUUUAAAUGAGCUGGAUGAGUAACACAGUGUUCAGUGUUGAUAUAUCAUCAUAGAUGUAUGCAUUAUUAUGUUGUAACUGCUCCCUGUCAUUUAAACUUCAGUUUUUAUUUGUUUUUGUUUUUUUCUUCUUUUUGUUUCUUCUUUAUCGGUAGAAUAUAUACCUGAAUGAGGGCUGCAGGUGUUUGUUAAGAGUUCCCUCACUCAGCUGGUGGCAAAGCCGCUCACCUGGCCGGAGACUCGGCUUGUUUAAACCUGUGCUGGGCCAGAGAGCUAAGGAACAAGUACACGGCAAAGAACCCAGGCUAGCAACCCGUCAAGAGCUCAAUGGACAAACCUUACCCCGAGUGGUCAUUCGGCUCUUUAACGUUGUGUGAGAAUUUGACCGAUUCUUUGGCCUCCGGGUCGUUUCCCAGCUGCACCCUUUAUUUCAGUAUGAUUUGAUCUGUGAGAGGAUCUCACCUGAUACUGGUGCUGAUUUUUUUUUUUUUUUAUAUAUAUAUAUAUAUAUAUUUGAUUUGCUGUUCGGCUGCUUCCGUGAAGAAUGGAAGAAGCUGCGAGUGUCUUUCAAGCACUAGCUCACCACGAGACUCAUACGUAUCACGCCAAUUACAAGCUCACAUGAAAUACACUAGUAAGAAGCACUUAAGUGGUUACUGAAAGUUUUCGAUAAAUGUAUGCUUGUUUUUAUUAUCACUUAGAACUGACAACAUUGGUUGUUGCUUUGAAUUAACUACUCAUUGAUCAUUUGAAAUUCAUUCUUUUUUUAUUUAACCUUCAAGGUUAUAUUCUCUGCAUAAUUAUGUGAUAAUUAUGUAGUGGUACAUGGAUUGCAUACGAAUGCAAAAAUGAAGUACAAUAUACUGACGAUAUACUGAGUUUAGAUGUAACACGUCCUAAUAUAAUGCCUUAACACCUGCAGAACAAAUAUGAAGCACAGAAGUCCCCAACUGAAACACUUAAAAGGUCAAAGGUCAUUUUUCACUGAUGGUGUUGUCCCACAAUGGUGCAUGUUUGUCAAAAAAAAAAUGUCCCUGUCAGAAAACAUACAGCUUUACACUUUGCUUUAUAAGCUAGUUACCGAGGGCUGCUUUUGAAAGACCGUUGUGAGACGUAUGCCCUGCAAAACAAUUGUUUUUAGUAAUGUGAGCAAACAGCCAUUGAAGGAUGUGUUUGAGACCCACUCGAAGAUGCCUUACUCAUUUGUCCAGCCCCUUACUGCAUGGUUGAAAACCUAUGUCUUCCACCUGGCCAAGCCAGGCAUUGUACAGUGCACAGCACAUCAGAGUCCACCAUCUCUCCAUUGCCACCUGGAAACUCAAAGCUACUGAAAAGACUUAUUCAACUCUAAAGCACAGAUAUCAAACACCAUUCGCGUUUUUUAGCUACAAUUCUGGUCUUACCCGCGAUUUAAAUUAAAUAACAACAUGGGAAGCAGUUUUGACUGAGGAAUCUAGUUAAAGAAUCUACAAGAACCUUUUUUCAUAGAGUGCAAAUUCCAGUAGAAUUUGGCCCCAAUACUCCCACGCUCAUUAAAAGCAGUAUGUUGAUUGUUGGACCUCUACACCAAGGAUGGCAUGAGCACAGCAGUAACAGGAUACCUCUAUACUUCUCAUUAACAAAACAGCUAUUGUUCUUGUUUGUUGCCGUCAGUCAUCUUAAAGUGAGGUUUGGUGACACUGAAAUGCAAAGAGAUGGGAUUUUGUAACGGUUAGAAAACGAAAGUUACAUUGGCUUAUUGUAUGGGUACCGAAUAGAAUUCCCGGUUGACUGUAAAAGUAAAAAAAAACAAUGUAAGACAUUACACCACCCAAUUCAGUUUAGCCCCAACAACUUUGUCAUGGCCUUGUAAUAAAUCAAUUCUUUGAUAAUGUGGCUGGGUACCUCUCGCAUAUACACUGCCCUCGCUGAAGUGAUAAUGUGAACCAGAUUACAACAUGGUGCUGGCAGAGACAAAAUUGCAUCGUUCAAUUCAGUCAAGUCUCACGAGCAAUGUACAAAAAACUGGACCGACGUUUGGGAUUCUGAGGCAGGAAAUUUCAUACCAAAAAGGUCGAAUCUAGCUACAGGUUCAGCCACUCCAAAACACUGGGCUCUUUGAAUCUGAAACACACGUCAGUGACUGACCCAAACAAUGUUUGCAGUGAUGGAGAAUUUAGGGUCGAACCCAGAUGGCACAGGUUUUUCUGCCACACUCACAAUAUCUUUUGUUAUUAGACAGCCACAUGUCACUCCCUCUCAUCACCUUGUCUCCAUCACAUGACUCAGUCAUCUCUGCUGUGUGUGUGAGUAUGUGUGUAUGUGUCUAAAUGUGUGUGUGUGUGUGCCAAUCCUUGGUUGCAGCCGGUAUGUGUUGGAGUGUGAUGGUGCUCAUUGACAGUACAGAGUGACCGUUCCACACCAAAACACUUUGCCUCAUCACAUCCAUAGUGAUGUCUCUCAUCAGUUACUUUUCUCUCUUUUUAUGAGUGUGUUUUCUGCAAGUUACAAGCAGCAUGUUAAAACCGAGGCAUAGCAUAAAUUUCAGUAUUGGUGCCAGUUCUGCAAGUUGUGGUUGUAAGUAUUUAUGCUGUGUUCAACCCAUUUGGUUUGUUUUCAUUUUGUUCCAUCUUGUGAGCUCUUGUCUUUUUUUUUUAUUUUAAUUAUUAUUAUUUCCUGUUGUUAUUUAUCCCACACCUUGACAUCCUCUUUGUAGAUGCAUUGCAAAUUCACUGACGGGUAGAGGGAGCUGUGAGGCGUGGCAUGACAUUGGACUGGUAAACUAGACACCCAAAAGAACACUGGUUCACAAGGAUAGUACUGCAUCCUCUGCUAGUGCAGGUUCUCCAUCUGCUUGUCUCGAACUCUGUCUGUUUUUAUCCUCACAUGGAGAAAAACGAUGUCCACUCCUCUCACUUGUUCAGGUAGACUGUGUACAAUAUUUGCAAAACCAAUGUCUUUCGUUUUGGUCAAAUUUCAGGGGAUUAUCCUUUGCAAAUAUUUUUCUAUAGAACUAAAGUAGAUUUCUAUAGAUACUAUGGAGGAUUUCAUAUUAAAUUGUACAGAAAAAAAACUAUAACCUUGUAUCCUUUCUUAACAUCAGUAAACAUUAUCAUUUUUUGUUAUAAAUGUAAGUAGUGGUAGAUUUUGUAGUGAAUUUUGUCCAUAUGAAGACCUCAAAGACCUCACUUUCCUUAAAUCUUAAAAGGUGAACUCACAAGACAUUAUUUGAAUAUGCAGUUUGGUAGAGAGCUUUCACUGUACACAUUGACCCUUCUUAAGUCAUUAACAUUUGUUCACCAUUUUCCAGCACUACCUUGCGAUCACUCCACAACAGAUUUCAUGUAACUCCUUAUUCACCUUGAUUCAAUGGGACACACCAUCAUAGACUGUUACAUUCAGCUUUUUUAACACAAAUAAUGAUGUGUGUGUGUGUCUGAGAUUAUCCAAAACGUGGAGGCUGAACACUUGAACAUACAAAUAUUUGUCCCUUUUUUGUGUUUGUGUAAGUGAUACCUGUAGCCAAACACCGUAGAUGUAAACAUUAAGAUCAGCUGUCGUGGUCUCUCCAAUCUGUGUCUCCCUCUUUUGAUCCACAUGUCACUACACUGAUAGCAUUUUUGCCAUUACACAAUCCCAGUCUUAGGCAUUUCAUUUUAGCAGUGGAUGAAAUGUUUAAAUGAAGAGGGUAAAUACAUUUUGUUUAUGGAUAUGUAUGUAUUGUUCAGAGAUCAUCCUCCAACACAGAAUAUAUUAGUCAAAGCACACUGAAUAGCAGUAUAUAUUAUUUUAACAAAAGACAUGAAUAAUUUCUUUAUAUGUCGUAAUUUGAAGUGUGGAAUGGAAAGCAAAGGUUUCUACCAAAUGUUUCUUCCCGUCAUCAUUUAGAGGGACUCCUGUACCAAACCUUAAUGCAGCUGAAACCAUUAGUCUAAACUAAUUUGUGCCAUAUAUCUGAUUUUAUGUGAUAUCAGAAACUGAAGAUAUUAUUAUCAUUUAUCCAGUCAACCAAAAAUGACUUUAGUCGACAAAAAAAAACAGUACAGCGGUACAUAGUGAUAAAGAUUGUGACAAAGAGUUGUGUGGGCUGGGUACCUCCUGGUUGAUUUCCAUGGAGGGAGAAAAAGAAAAUGGGGCUUAAAAAGUGUAUUUCUUUGAAAAUGGAAAAAAACAAAAGGAAUCAGUUUGGGGGUCUACUUGUAUGUAUGUUAUGUGCAACAUUGUGUGGCUCGUCUAGGGCUAAAUUAUUUUCUUUUUGUCUUGUUUUCCCCCUUUUUUCCUGUAACUUGGCUGGUCCUGUUGUUUCUAUAAGCUCAGGUGGAAACUCCUUUUAUCCUGUUGGUCUUUGUGCUCUCCCUCCAGUUAGCUGCACACUGCAGCUGUCUGCUGUUUUUCUACACGGAAAAAAGUAUAUAUAUAUAUAUAGAUAUGUUUUAAAGCUGCAGGAUGUUAGUAUUGAUUCAUCCUUUACGUGAAAUUUAAAGAAAAAAAAUGCCAUUUUGUUCUUUUGGGAUUGAUCUCAUUUUUUUGUUUUGUUUUUAUUUUUGUUUGUUUUAUUCAUGUAAUCACCUAGCCUGUUCUCAGCACUGUACAAUGGUCCCUAUCUGAUACAGAAAAGCAAUAUCACUGUACGAUACUCACUAUGUAUUUCUGUUGUUGUUGUUAUUACUAUUCACUAGCACCCUAGGUGUGAUAAUUGAAGUAAAUAUCUUUUAUACAAACACAA